AGACAUCUUUAAUUCAAAUAGACUAGUUACACAAUUAUAAAUUUUAGUUACAAGUUAUAUCUUCAUAGUUAUAAAUUUGCAUUCUCAGUUAAGUUUUUAAAUUUUGGUUGUUAUAUUUUUCUUUAAAAAAUAAUAUCAGUCAGUAUUUUGUGGUAAUGCAAUUUAUAAUUAGUGAGGUUAAGUCAAUGACCAUUCUAAGGUGGCAAAUGAGAUGACAUAUUUAAAUGCAUAUCACAUUAUCAAUAAGUGGUAACAACAAUUAUUUUUAAAAAAAUAUUAAAACUAAAUUUCAUCAUAUUUAUAAAAAAAAAAAAAAAACAUUUUAUCCUAUAGGUAAUUUGUGGUCUUCUAUCAAUUUAUUUGGUGGAAAAUAAAAUUAGGCUUGGGUUGGCAAACGUAAGCAAAAUCAAGGUUAACUAAAUAAAAAAGUAUUUUUCUUUUCAUUUUGUGUUAAGUUUGUUUGCAAAUAGUUUUAUUAUUUGUGGGCUUUUAAUUUGAUGACCAAAAUCUUGUAGGUUGAACCCAAUUCAAGGAAUUAAUUACUUAUGGGCUUGAUAGAGCCCACAGUAGGUACGUUCAUGAUCAGGGUUCGUCUUCUGAAGCCCACUGUGGGUUAUGUUCGCCAUGGAUGAAUCACCGGCAAAGAGGGAGAACCAAAACGGAGGACAAGGAAACGAAGAAGAAGAUGACUACAUGGGUGACCUUUCUCAGUUUCUUCCUUCCGAACCUCCAAAGUUGUCUUCAUCCAAAAAGGUAACUCGUUCCCUUCCCGUUUUACCUAUCUCCGUUGUCGUUUUGAUUCUGCCACGCCGUUUGAGAGAAUCAUACGCACUCAAAGUAGCAAGAGACGCAUAACAUAUAACAAGUCAAGUAUUUGAAUAAAAUUAGGUCUUCGAGUGUUCCCCUCUCCCAUGACCAUCUAGUCGUAUCACAUCAUUUUACGAUUUGGUCUUGCAAUUUAAGCUCAAAUUCUGAAAAACAAAAAAUGGUGCUUGAUGUAAUUGCUCAUCAAUUUGUUUCCCAUCUGCAGUUAUUCUAUUACAGCUUCGUUUCCUAGGAAGAAGAUUUUAUUUUAAAUUUGUAGAAACCUGUGUCUCUCUCUCACACGUGUGUGUAGAAUUAACUUCUCUAAAUUGAGUGUGUGCUUGAAACGGGCUUAAAACGAGAAAACCUUGUAGCGAGUGGAUUUAAUGCCAAUCUAGAUACCUUAAGGUUGUUAAGGUCAUUCAAAAUUACUACAAUUCACGUAUUUUGAUGCUACGAAAAAAGAUGUUCUAAAAUGUUACAGAAUUAGAUAAUUUUUAUGUCAAAUAGGAAGAAUUUAAAAUAACUUACUUUUAGAGAGAAUUUAAAAGUCUUUCUAUUUGGCUUAACUUUUUGCAUUUAUCGUUCAUAACUCUUCUCGUACUUAACUCUUACUCUAAGCAUCUUUCAUUGUUGCUUUCAUAUUUUUUAGAAGUUUAAAAUUCUCCAUCCAAACACAACUUAAAUGUAUUAUUUAAAGUAUUUGAUUUAAGUAUUUUGUAAAUAUAAAUAACUAUAAACCAAUGGUAGAUAGGGCAGGGCCCUGCAUCCUAUGUGUAUAUGCUUUGUAUUUUUCCCACUUUAUAUAAUCCUGCACUAGCCGAUGGACGGUAGUUCCGUCUUUGAAAAGUAAGAAUAAAUAUUUUAAAUUAGUCUUCUCAAGAUUAUGAAUAAAAAAUUAAUGUAAAUACGCAUCUAUUUAGGGAUCAAAUUGGUGUUCAGAGAUACAUCAAGGAGAUAAUCUGAUUUCCAUAUUAAACUUUGAGGAUCAUUGAUGAUGUCCCAACUCCCACGUAGCUCUUUGGAAGACCAAAUUUGUGUAUUUAGUAAAACAAAUGAAGCUUGGUUGCCGGGACUUAUUUUGUUUGCCUGUUCAAAGAGUUAUUAUCAGAUGCUUACUUUUCCUCAGUCUUUCGCUUUACAAUUUACAGGUACCAUACAAAGUGAUGAUAACUCCCUUUAUGCGGUGCAGAUUUCAAACAAGAAAGAUUCUUCAGUUAACUCUUCCAAGAACCAAUUGAAAACUCUUAGCUGGCAAGAGCGUCGAAAACUUGAAAGGGAAAGGAAGCAACAGGAAGAGGAUGAGCAAACAUUAGCAAAAGUGGAAGCUCCAAUACCACAAUCCAACAUUGGGUUUAAGCUUCUCAAACAGAUGGGCUACACUCCAGGUUCUGCCCUUGGCAAGCAGGGCUCAGGCAGGGCUGAACCAGUGAGGCUUGAAAUUCGACGGUCACGAGCUGGUGUAGGCUUAGAUGAUCCCCACAAGGAGAAGAGGAAAAAAGAGGAAAUCAUGAUGGAUAGGAAAAGGAGGAAAGAGGAGGACUUAAUGAAAGAGUUUGGAUCUAGGCAGAAGUCACAGUGGCAGAGUAGGAGAGUUAUAAUUAAUUACAAUAAGGCAAAGGCUGCCCUUGACCAAUUGGAGAAUAGGGAAAUUAUUGAGCCACAAAAGAAUGAGGAUGAUCCAGAGGAUGAAAAAGAAGAGGAGGAAGAAAUAACUGAAGAGGACUUGCACGAUGUUUUGAUGAAACUGAGGGAUGAAUUUAAUUAUUGCCUCUUUUGUGGAUGCCAAUACGAAUCAAUGGAUGCCCUUUUGGCCAACUGCCCUGGAACCGAUGAAGAUGACCACUAAGUUGAAGAUUUCUGAUGUGGACGGUGGACAUUCUCAGAUUUUGUUGUAUUUGUCAAGCAAGUGCUGUUAGCUUUAAAUGCUUAUACCAAUGGAGAUGGAUAAAUUUGCACAUGAUGGAUGAUUGGACAUUCUCAGACACACAGGAAUUUGUCUAUGCUCUCGUUAUAAUUCAGCUAGGAGGUUGCCUGUGUCUGAUAUUCAUCCAUGCGCUAUUGUAGGAAAUGUGUUGGUUGAUAUAUGGUUUGUAAAACUUUUCAGUUCAUAUUGAAAAGUUUCACAUAAAUUUUCUAGCUUAAUUUUUUUUUUUUUAAAUUUUAGAUUUUGUGCAUUU